UCAUUGUGUAUCAUUGCUUAGUUGGGAAGGUUUCGAUCAAGUUAACGUGGUAGUGUUUAGUGGCUUUUGAUGCGUUCAGCUCAUUUUUUAUCAGUCGUUUAAUUUCUUUUGUAAAUAUCAUUAUAUUAAUCAUGCCGUUAAACUUUAUAUUUGAUAAAAACAUGAAAAAAUUGCUUGUUGAUGACCGUGGCUAUCUUUACUUAUAUAGUCCCGGUUAUAAAAGAUACGUAUGGAAGUGCAUCUUCCAUAAAUUUUACUGUCCAGGCUAUUGCAAAACGACGAAUUGGCAAGAGGAUGGUGAUAUAAUUUAUGUACGUACUCACAAUCAUCCUGAUCCAAAACAAGUGGGGAAGAUAUUCAAUCAUUAUCGGUUUAGUAGAAAUAUGGAGUUUGCUGCGAGUGUCUCGAAAUCACUCACUAAUUCGAAUCCUAUGACGACUCCUACACCAAGAGAGACGACGUUGAACCAACCUAUAACGGAAUCAAUGAACAUAGGACCACCUCAACCAGGACAGCCAUUUAAAUUCACAGUAAUCGAGUCAUGCGAUCGUAUAAAAGAAGAAUUUAAUUUUCUUCAGGCCCAAUAUCACAGCCUUAAAUUGGAGUGCGAGAAACUGGCCAGUGAAAAAAUAGAGAUACAGAGGCAUUACGUGAUGUAUUACGAGAUGUCCUACGGACUCAAUGUGGAAAUGCACAAGCAGACGGAGAUUGCCAAACGGUUAAACGCCAUCAUCGGGCAAAUCUUGCCAUUUUUGUCACAAGAGCAUCAUCAGCAAGUGGCCAGUGCUGUCGACCGCGCAAAACAAGUCACAAUGACCGAAUUAAAUUCAAUUAUUGGCCAACAAAGGCCCGAUUUACCGAGGUUAUUGCAGCAAAUGCACGCCCAACAAAUGCCUCCUGGCGCAGCGAUGGGCCCUCACCCCGGAAUCCCCGGUCUUCCUAGCCUGGGACCCGGUGGUGGACUCCAAGUACCUACCUCUGCCUCAGCAGCUCUUUUGGGUCUGGGACUUCCCCCCGGAAGCGCUGCUCCUGGAGGAGCUGGAGCUCAUCCGUUGUCUAUGCUAACCAAACCUGAUCUCCAUCGCGGUCAGCCCGACGACUUAAAGCCCAACGGUGGUUUAAAUUCCGUCGAAGAGAGGCAUAGGAGCUCAAUAUCUCCAGCUGAACGCGAAAAAUACAGCAGACCGAGAAGUACACCUGACCCAGGACACCACGAUCACAUGCAUUUGAAAAAAAUGAAGAAGGAGCAAGACAAAGACCUGGGACAUCAAAGCGAUGGUGAAAAGAGUGACCAGGAUUUGGUGGUAGACGACGCGAGUGAAGGAGCAGCUAGCCCAGCGGCGAAUGGAACCUCCUCACCGCGAGAAAACGGACUCGACAAGAUGGGUCCGUCAGUUGGGUUGAUGAGCAGCCAAAUGAAAAAGGAAAUACCGCCUCAGUCGCCAAAAAGCGGAACUAGCAGCAACGCGAGCACUCCGUCAGCAAAGAAGAUGGAGGAACGCGAGAAACCUUCUACACCGAUAUCGAAACCCGUGACACCUACUUCGGCAGGUGGAAGCAGUUCUGGAUCCGGAGGUUUGAAACCCAGUGGCUCGAACAAACCUCUCGUUCCAGCAUCGGCUGUUGGUCCUUAUCCACACUAUCCUCCACCUCACCAUCCCCCAGCUGGACCUCACGUCGAAAUGUUGGGAUACCCACCUGGGGCUCUCAACGGAUACCCAACUAGACCGCCUCUUCAGCAACUUUACGACCCUCACGGCGCUAUGAGAGCACCACUUGGUCCUCUAGGAGUUCCUGGCGGAAAACCAGCCUACAGUUUUCACGUUUCAAGUGAAGGUCAAAUGCAACCAGUGCCCUUUCCCCAAGAUGCCCUAAUCGGGCCAGGAAUACCAAGACACGCACGUCAAAUAAACACUCUCACUCAUGGAGAAGUUGUCUGUGCAGUGACAAUCUCUAAUCCUACCAAGUACGUCUACACUGGAGGCAAAGGCUGCGUCAAAGUCUGGGAUAUCAGCCAGGGAGGAAGCGGCAGCGCUAAACCAGUUUCCCAGUUGGACUGCCUUCAACGCGACAACUACAUCAGGUCGGUUAAGCUUCUCCCCGACGGAAGAACGCUCAUCGUCGGAGGUGAGGCCAGCAAUCUCAGUAUCUGGGACCUGGCGAGUCCCACGCCGAGGAUAAAGGCCGAAUUGACGUCUGCUGCGCCAGCCUGCUACGCUCUCGCGAUAUCUCCAGACUCAAAGGUCUGCUUCAGCUGCUGCAGUGACGGAAACAUCGCCGUCUGGGAUCUCCAGAACCAGACACUCGUCAGGCAGUUCCAGGGACACACAGACGGCGCCUCCUGCAUAGACAUCUCCGCAGAUGGGUCGAAGCUCUGGACCGGCGGGCUUGACAACACCGUGAGGUCUUGGGACCUCAGAGAGGGCAGACAGCUCCAGCAGCACGACUUUACCUCCCAGAUAUUCUCACUGGGGUACUGUCCCACCGGAGAGUGGCUCGCGGUUGGAAUGGAGAACUCUAACGUCGAGGUCCUCCACGCGAACAAACCCGACAAGUACCAGCUUCAUCUCCACGAGUCUUGUGUCCUGUCACUUAGAUUCGCCUCUUGUGGGAAGUGGUUCGUCUCCACCGGCAAAGACAAUCUACUUAACGCUUGGCGUACGCCUUAUGGUGCCUCCAUAUUCCAGUCAAAGGAAUCAUCAUCAGUAUUAAGCUGCGAUAUAUCAACCGAUGACAAGUACAUCGUGACUGGAUCAGGGGACAAAAAGGCAACCGUAUAUGAAGUGAUAUACUAAAAUAAAUGCGAUUGUUAAUA